AUGCGGUUGUUUUCGUGCUCUGAGCGCACACUGACUUUAACGCUUGGCGUCCCCGAUGACUGCUUUCUUUUCCCUUCGUGGCUGUCCGUCGACUCUGAGUCACACCGGAAGCCUCCUCGCAUCACGUCCCGUGCAGGUGCGCAGGUGCAAAAAUACGCGUACGUGUCCACUGCGAGCGCCGACAGGGUGCGAGGCUUCUGCGACUCUGCGCCGCAGCCUCCGCCUGGCCGCAUGCACGUCGCCGUCGUCACUUCUCACCUCCCCAUGACGUGUGUGAGUCGAAACGAGGCAGAGCACUCGGACGGGCGUGAGUACGACGGGCAAGGUCGGGGAAGGAAGGGCAAGGCCGGGGACGAAAGUGUCGGAAGGAGUAGGAAAGAGUCGGAACGAGUGAGAGGAGGAGAAGGUGGUGGUGGUGGUGGUGGAGGAGGAGGACGCGCUCAAGCAUGCCAUGAACCAUCCCCAUCGUGA